AUGCUGGAAACGGAAGCAAUCUGCGGCAUCAAGCUGAGCACCAAGGUCUCGCCACUUGUCACGGUCACCGCCACGGCUACCUCCCGCUCCAACGCCGAGACCACCGGCCCCGGUACCGCCGGAGGUGAGUAUGCGGUUACCUCGGGGGUCGGGUCUACGUUUCCCGGGACUGCGCCAGAGCGCGGCUCCGAAUCUUCGUCUACGGGGUGA